AUGCCAAGAUCCUUGGACAGAUGGAUCUAUUGUCGACAUGACAAGGAUUCACCUCCUCUAGAUUGGAGCACACGGUGCAAGAUUAUCACUAACAUAGCGAAGGGUCUCGCUUAUCUUCAUGAGGAGUGCAUGAAAAAGAUUGCCCAUUUGGAUGUCAAACCACAAAACAUCCUCUUAGAUGAUGACUUCAAUGCUAAGCUUUCUGAUUUUGGACGAUGCAAGCUCAUUGACAGGGAUAUGAGUCAAGUGUUUAGCAGAAUGAGAGGCACACCUGGAUAUUUAGCUCCUGAAUGGUUGACAUCACAGAUCAUGGAAAAGGCCGAUGUCUAUAGCUUUGGUGUUGUGGUCAUGGUAGUCAUUAGCGGAAGAAAGAACCUCGACAAUUCUCGAUCCGAAGCGAGCAUCCAUCUCAUCACCCAAUUGGAGGAAAAGGUGAAGGCUAAUCGGUUGGUAGAAUUGAUUGACAAUAAGAGUAAUGAUAUUCUAGCACAUAAGCAGGAUGUAAUUGAGAUGAUGAAGCUCGCAAUGUGGUGUUUGCACAUUGAUUGCAAAAGAAGGCCUAAAAUGUCCGAGGUAGUCAAGGUCUUGGAAGGUGCCAUGAAUGCAGAGAGCAACAUUGAUCAUAACUUCGUUGCAACAAGUCAAGUGUAUUUUGGCGCUGCUGGAAAUGUGGGCUUAUCGGUUCCAUCUCUAGCUUCACAUGUAUCAGGUCCCAGGUGAAAUGAGAAAAUCUUGACAAGAUAGACAAUUAGUUUACGAGCAGGACAUGGGAUAUUCUUAUGUAAAGCAAAUGACAAAUCUCUUGUGUCUUCUCAAAUUACUAUAAUCUGAAGCCCCUUGUCUUGAGUUAAUUUUACCUGCAAAGUAUUUCAAUAUUGCAAACCUUCUUGUUCUACAGCAGCUGGACUGAAUUUAUUCAUUAGAAUGUUCAAUUUGUUCAUGUAAUGCAAGCCUGUUUUUAGAUCAACUAAUGCAAGUAGUUUUUCUAGUCACUG